AUGAAGGAAAUGGCGGAAGAAGAUUAUAUCGCGGUAGUGAAUGCAGCUGCCAAGUUUCAUGAAGAUGUUGCGUUUCACCAGUGGGCGAUUAACAUGAAGAUGAACCAGUACAGAGCUCUUCAGUUGGUUCCAAUGCUCGAAUAUUGGCAUUAUCUAGCAGAAAAAGAAAAGAACAAUCUCGCUAGAGAUAAAGCUGCUGGCAUAAGCCUCCAAAGGUAUCAUGAAUCCUUUGGCACCAUUGUCGGCAGGUUCGGAAGGAGCUUUACUUCCGAUAAUUCUAAAAAUAGUUACUUUAAAACAUUGACAAUGAAUAAUAUCCUUGAUCUGUCGGAUGAUUCGGAGGGUUCUCACUUGGCCCAAGUUACUCCAAAAACUCAAAAUGCCAUCAAAGACAUGCUGCAUAAGUCAAUUGCUGAGGAAGAGGAAGUGAAUUCUCAAUGCGAAGUUUUUGAGAGAAUAAUCAGAAAGUUCAAGCGAGAGGAGAAUGAGGACCGAUUUCUGGCCAAAGUGGUCAAAGAGGUUGAUGAAGCACGCUCGUCAAAUGCAUACUUAAAGAGAAUAUACUUGCAGAUGUGA